CUCGAGCGAACGGAUACAACAGCGGAUACAAAACAACAACAGCAGCGAACAACGAACGAACAGACAACAAACAGCACAGGCAGCGACAGCACAAGCAGCGCGAGCGCAGCGGACAGCGAUGAGCCUGGUGGCGGAUUACGACUCGUCUUCGGAGGAAGAGGUGGAGGAGGAGGAGAAAGGACAGAAGCCAGUGUUGCAGCAGGAGAACCAACAGCAGCAGCAACAACAACAGCAACAGCAGCAGCAACAUGGACUGGGUGAAAAGGACGGAGACACACAAGGACAUAGGAAAGAAGAAGCAUCAGACACAGCGCAGGCACCUGGUGCUGUUGAACCGCCUGCAAAGCAAGCAAAGCUGGAAAGUGCUGCAAGGCAAGGCGAGGCUGAGAUGGAACCUUCGGAGGGACAGCAAUCACAGAGCAGCGAAGCACCGUCAGCGGUAGAACCGCGGGUGGCAGAGAAGGUGGCGAUGCUGCUCCAGGCCAAGCGGGCGCGAAACAUCAGCAUCCUCAACAAGAUCACCUGCAACAAGCAAUACCGAAACCCAAGCAUCUACGAAAAGCUCAUCCAGCGCAUGAACAUUGACGAAUUCGGCACCAACCUGGAUCCAAGCGUCUACAAUCCACACAAGUGGUCCGAGCGCGAAUACGCGAACAAACUUGGUGAGGGGCUUUCACAACUAUCCCACGCCUAUGGGGGCCAUAGACAGGCAAUGCCAACAAAGUAGACUUGCCCGCAGCCGAGACAUGCCCC